AUGUCGAAAGACACGCGAGGAGAGGUGAUGGCUGCCUCCGCCGGAGCCGCACCUGCUGACGCGGAGGGGGAGGAAGGACGUUCCUACGUCUUUCUGCGUUCUCUCUCGGGCAGCAAAAUUCACACGAUUCAAGGAGAAAUUAUGCAGAAACUGGAGGCGAUCAUGGUCGGCCAGAAGGGCGCCGAAGUCGGCCCCGACGAAGCAACAAUUCAGGAAGACAUGACGAUCUUGAAUGAGUAUGUAUGGCACCUGCUAACCCAAGAGGUCGCCAGCCAGGGGAGGUUGAAGAAGGAACUCGCCGAGUUCCUUCAGACCAAUACCGAAGAGUUCGUUUCGUGGCUAGACACAUUGCUGGCUCGCCACGACCCCGAAGCGUCUGCCUCGGCCGAGGAGGGCGCUCUCGACGGAGCGGAGACCCCGCCGUCUGUGCGCGCGCACAGUGGGGACAAGAAGGGCCGCUACAGGUCGGACGUUUCGCCUCUCUCUCGCGACGAGUCUCGCCACGGCCGGAGCUCUCGGCGAAGCGCCGAGUCUUCCGACCGGUACAGGUCCCGACACCGCGCAUCGCGCCACUACGAAGACUGCAAGCGAGAGGACAGGCACCGAAGAAGGCAUGAAGAGAGUCGCGAAGACAGGCACCGGAGUCGGCGGAGACGGGACUACGACGACCGCAGCCGCAGCCCGUACUCGCGAAGAGACAAGGACUACCACCGGAGCCCCGACCAGUACCACAGCUCGAGUCAUCCUCGCGGGAGACACGAAGACGACCGCGAAAGCUCCCGAGUGGCGCAUGCUCGUGACGGAGACGGCCGAGCGGGACGGUUGAUCGGGUUGGCGGUGAAGCAGGCAACCGGCGCGGUGCGCCGGAGCGGAGGCGCGGAGCGCUCAGACGCGCUGCAGGGACACGCCUUCCCAGCGAGCGAAGACUGCCGCGGGAUGAGCAGGCGGAGUCGUAGCCGGAGCGCAGGCCGCGUCCGUGCGAUCGUCCUGGUCGACGAGCGGGGCGCAGUUCGAGGCCGCGGCGAGAGCGCAGAAGAGCGGCGCGAUGACGCGGCCCGGGACGGCGCGCCCCAGGCCGACGUGGCGGGGCUCAACGGCGAGGCCGCUGCAACCGGGAAGACGAAGGCGAUUCUCAGACCCAACCCGCGGUACGCAGCGGGAGGCGGGGCAGGCUCUCCGGCCCUUCUGUCCGACCGGCGUCCACCGUUCCUUUCUUCGCCCAGCCACCCAGCGGGCGCGGCGAGGCCGGGCGCUGGGUUUCCGGGGUCUCCGCACGACGACCUUUCUCGCCACCCUCACGGCUCCAACGCGGGAUUUGGAGAGCCGUAUCAGCCCUCGUACGGCGCGUUCCCUGCCUCUGGCGCCGAGAUGGACAUGGAGAUGGGCGUGCCCGGCGCCCCAGGCGAGGGCUCCUACGCGCCUUUCCCCACGCCAGCGAACACGGAAGAACAGCUGGACCUCAACCGAGGCGGCGCUGCCUUCCUCGCCGUUGGGGGCAGCGCCGGGCCAAAGGCCGUCGCCCCUGGCCUCGGUGGCGGAGACCCCGCAGGCGCGCAGCCCUUCGCCCCUGGCAAGGUGCGAAAACGUUGUAUCAAGUGGCCCAGGUGCCCGUUCGGAGCGAACUGCAUGUACAUACACCCGACAGCCAAGUGCACCAAGUGGCCCCGGUGCGCCUUCGGCGACGCUUGCUUCUACUGGCAUCCGGCGGUUAUGUGCAAAUUCGGUACGUCGUGGGCGCUUCGCGCCUCUGCGCUCCGAGCUGUCUCAGCUCCGUACACAAAAAAGCGGGAAAAGAUCCGCACUCUCUCCACGCGUACAAAAGGACGCGCAGGGCGUUCUCCGUCGAUUUUCGUCGACGAGUACUCACGCUGCUCAAGGCAACGGCGGCAACUACCGCCAGACGCAGUCCUCAGCCUAACUGUGCACAUGUAUGUAUGUAUCUAUAUAUAUAUAUAUAUAUACAUAUACAUAUAUAUAUAUAUAUAUAAUAUGUAUAUAUAUAUAUAUAUACAUAUACAUAUACAUAUACAUAUAUAUAUAUAUAUAUAUACAUAUACAUAUACAUAUAUAUAUAUAUAUAUAAUAUAUGUAUAUGUAUAUAUAUACAUAUAUAUAUAUAUAUACAUAUAUUAUAUAUAUAUAUAUAUAUAUUAUAUAUCUAUAUCUGCAUGA